CGUAAACACUUUCUUUGGGAAGCACGUCAUGAGGUUGAAAGGCUGCGCAUCGUCUUUCCUAUUUAUUUCAAUGAACAAUCGAACGGCUGAAAGCUGCUCCUUGCUUCCAAAGGUUUGGUAUAUACACCAUUGCACUCCCUCUAUUUUGAAGACGACGAUUAGGAUGAUUAUCGGAGUUCGAUAGAGUCGCAUGUCGGGGAAAACGUAGCAAACAAUUGAGAGGAUUAAAUAAAGUCAAAAAAAUGGGCUUAUUCGACCGACUUGCUAAUCUUUUAGGGCUGAAAAAAAAGGAAGUAAACGUAUUAGUAGUGGGCCUUAAUAACAGCGACAAGAAUCUUAAUUUUACUGCGUUCGAUAUGUCCGGCCACGACAGGUAUCGCUCCUUAUGGGAGCAUUAUUACAAGGAUUGUCACGGGAUAAUUUUUUUAAUCGAUAGCAGCGACAAGCUUCGCCUGGUUGUCGUUAAGGAAGAGCUGAACAUGCUUCUUCAGCAUCCUGACAUUGCUAGUCGGAAGAUCCCGAUUUUAUUCCUGGCGAAUAAAAUGGACUUGCUGGAUUCUUUGACUUCGGUCAAACUUGUGGCUGGAUUAGGGCUGGAAAGGAUUCAAAAUAAACCCUGGCAUAUAAGAGCAACGAAUGCGAUUACAGGGGAAGGAUUGCAACCGGCGAUUGAGUGGCUCACGGACCAGAUUCGCGACAUAUACGUCACGAAAAGAUAACAAUUAUCCUGAGAGAUAUUUAAAAAAUACUCCACGUAUCUCUUAUUAAUUAUUAAGACACAACGAACUCUAAUUGUAUGUCUGUACUUAUUUAUUCACGUAUAUUAUGAAUGCUUCCAUGCUACUGCGUGUGUAAUGCGACCUUGUAAUGGGUUUUUUGUAAUGUUGCAAAAUAAAUAUCAAC